AUGCAUCUUCUCCUCCUCUUAGUGGCGUUGGGCAUCGCGGCCAUCAAUCAGUCCAUCAAGGAAGGGAGGGUGUCCCAGACCCUGCGCGUCCUGCGGAAUCCCGAUGCCAUGCUGUGCGGGGUGGUGACUGACUGCGCGGACGCUUAUCAAGGAGAGCUGAGCGGCAUCAGGAACGCCAAGAAAAAAACAGGCGACGCGAAGAACUACUGGGUGAGGCACAGGGUGAAGGAGAGGGGAGAUUACUACUUCCACCUGCGCACCUUCGAGGGCACGUGGGAUCCGCCGCCAGACUUCCGCCCCAACACCACCCACCUGUCCCGCGAGGAGAUCCAGUCUGCGAUCACCCGCGUGACCAGCGGCUUCCAGCGGGAGAAGCAAUGGGAGGCCAGUACGGACAUCUUGGUGAGGCUGCAAGCCCGCAUGAGGGGCUACCUGGUCCGCAAGGCCUUCUCCGAGCGGAUGAACCUGCUGCACAAACAAGUGCCGGCCGUCACCCUCAUACAGGUACACAAAAUGGCCGCCCUAAGCUU